AAACUGCAUCCUGGCGAUUUAUUGACUUGUUCUGACAGCAUGCAUUACACUGUCAUUCAGUCAUUCACUCAGAGCAUUUCUUUUCGUUGUCCCAAAGACAAAAAUAUGACACGGGGGUCAUUGCCGAACUAACAUGGUUUAAAAAUCAGAAAUGGACAGACUAAAAAUCAUAAAGAAUCAUUUAUUGGUGAAAGGGAGAGAACCCUGUAUUACUACAAAUCUUUGUAGUUUUGAUUCAUCUCAGGAUUGCUUGCAUUUGAAGAGUGGUCUUCAGAAGCUAGGUCUAACCAAUAUAGAAGUGAGUAGUCCCCCUGUGAACUAUGAGCACUAUUACAGAACACUGCUGACACCAGAGGCUGUAAAGUUUGUAGCAGACCUAGUGAAUACAUUCGACAAUGAUGUUGAAGGGAUUUUCCAAGAGAGGCAAAGAAGAAAGUUAUUAUUAGACUCCACUGGUGGUCUGCCAGAUUUCAGCAAAAAAUCUGCAAGUCUUCAUGGAAACUGGAAAGUCAGACCUGUUCCACAAAGGUUACAAUGUAGACAUGUUGACCUUGGUGAUGUGUCUCCUAGCAACACAAGUCAUUUCGUAGCAAGUUUGAAAACAACAGCUCAAGGGAUUCAGACAGAUUUUGACGAUGGACAUUGUCCUACAUGGAAGAACCAGCUGCUAGGAUUGUAUAACAUAUACCAGUUUGUUCAUGGAAACAUUGCAGGUGUACCACCUGUGGACCAGGCACCUGUCUUAAUGUUGAGGCCCAGAGCGUGGAACAUGAUAGAGCAUAAUCUACUGGUAAAUGGUAAAGAAGUUCCUGGUCCAUUAUUUGAUUUUGGACUAUUGAUGUACCACAAUGCCAGAAUUCUCCUGGAUAACAAAAGUGGGCCAUUCUUUUAUCUCUCCAAGAUUGAAGGAAGUAACGAGGCCAGGUUGUGGAACAAGAUAUUUGAUUAUACAGAAAGGAAGUUAGAUAUGCCACAUGGUUGUAUAAAAGCCUGUGUAUUGAUAGAGAAUAUCCUGGCAUCAUUUGAAAUGGAAGAGAUUUUAUAUGAGUUGAAGGACCAUUCAGCAGGACUGAAUUGUGGUAUAUGGGACUAUUCUGCUUCAUUUAUCAAUAAAUUUGGUCACAGAAAAGAAUUUGUCUUACCAGACAGAAAUAAAUAUGUUUCUAUGGAACGCCAUUUUCUGAAGAGUUACAUGGAUUUGGUUGUGAAGAUAUGCCAUAGCCAUGGUGCUCAUGCUACUGGCGGAAUGGCAGCACCAAUUCUACCUAAUGGUACGACUAGUGGUACUGUAUUUCAACAAAUUGUUGAUAAGGUUAAAGGAGGUAAAGUGAAAGAGAUACAGGCUGGUGUAGAUGGUUUUAUGGUUUAUGAUCUGAGGUUGUUACAACCAAUGCAACAGUUGUUUAAGAAAAUGUCGCCAACAACAAAUCAGCACCAAAUUAAAAGACCUGAUGUUAAUCUCACAGCUAAAGACUUACUUAAAAUGCCUACAGGAGGAGUAACACAGCAAGGUUUAAGGCAUAACAUAACAGUUGGUAUUCUGUUCAUUGAGGCCUGGUUGAGAGGUCAAGGUCAUUAUUAUCUCAAAGGUGCUGUAGAAGAUUCUGCAACGGCUGAAAUAUCAAGAUCCCAGGUCUGGCAAUGGAUAAGACACAAGGCCACAUUGGAAGAUACAGGUGUUGUUGUAACCAUGGAAAUGGUACACAACAUUGUACAGGAAGUGAUUGGAGAAAGAUUUUGGUCAGCACAGAAUUCUGAACAAUUUUCAACCAAUCAGGAUAAAGAUAGACUAUUAACUGCAGCUAGAAUGUUUGAAGAAAUUGUUACAAAGCGAAACUUUCCAGAAUUCAUAACCACUUAUUUGAAUAUGGACCAUACAUUUUUAGAGUAUCAGAAAAAGUAGUCAUAGAAAAUAUUGAAAAUGUUAAAAUAUUAAGCUUGAUAAUCUGUUAAACUGGAUAUGGGUUAUGAUAGAUAAUCAGGAUAUAUAUGAGCAAAAGAUGCUUAGAAAUUGUUACAUAGCGUAAGUGUGUGGCGUUCACAUUACCAAAUUUAUCCCCCCCCCACAAUUUUCACUU